ACCCGCGCUCCGUGUCGAUGUUGUUUAGCGGAUAGGCUUUUGCGCGUAACGGGCGGUACGCGCGCUCCAGAUCAGAUAAGGUUUAUCCCCCUCCCGAAGAAGUACUAUUUUUCAAUAAGGAGAAAGUUCUUAACCAAUCCAUUUCCAAAAAGUUUCUGAGUUUGUGCUGAAGUGGAGAUGGCAGAGGGAGACUUUUACACCAUGGGAAACCGGCAGCGCUUCCCCAGAGAUCCGUUUGAGUCUCCGUUCAGGGAUCAGUCUCCCUUCAGAGAUCAACUGGCGUCCCGUUUUAUGGACGAUGACUUUGGGAUGCCUCCUUUCCCCGAGGAUCUGGGCAUGGACUGGCCCGGGUGGGCUCGGCCGGGCAGGUUAAGCUCGCGCCUCGGCGCCUCGCCGUUUGGCACCGGUUUACGCACAGGCUUCCCCGCGCGUCAGUCGACGGGGGGCCCCGCGGUUUACACCAGCAGCCGGUACGGAGAGCCCCAGUCCCGGGGCUCCCCCACCAGCUGCGGCGGGGAGCCGUGGAAAGUGUGCGUGAACGUGCACAGCUUUAAAGCAGAGGAGCUAAACGUGAAGACCAGGGACGGGUUCGUGGAGGUGUCAGGAAAACAUGAAGAGAAGCAAGAGGAGGGCGGCAUCGUGACGAAGAACUUCACAAAGAAGAUACAGAUCCCCACAGAUGUAGACCCCCUGACAGUGUUUGCCUCCUUAUCCCCUGAGGGCGUCCUCAUCAUCGAGGCAAGACAGACGCCUCCAUACUACCUUGUCAGCGGCGAGGACUCCAAGGAAGGCGAAAAACCAGAGAUGGAGGCCCCCAAUCCCGAAGACUCUCCUGUCGUCUAAACCCGCAGUGCCUAAUUUAUCGUCAUGAACCAUUAGCUACAAAUGUGACACUAAACACACAGCUUUAUGUUCAUUUCAAACAAAAAAAAGCCUUUUUCUGCUGUUAACUGUUAAAUUAUUUUUCAUUCCUCUUUAAGAACAAUUAAAAUUAUGAUUGUCUUUAAGUUUAAUGCCUUUUUUUUGUCCCUUUCUUGUGCAAAAAAUUCAAAAAGUGUGUUUUGAAAACAGGCACGUCUUCAUAAAAGUUCAGAGUUUAAGGUUUCUCCUGAGAAAGCAGCAUCUUAAACAAGAAAAGCAGAAAAUAUAUCCUUAGAAAUUGUCGGCUCUAAUCAAAAUUCUUUCAACAUUUCAGAUCUCUUAAUCUGUCAACAGAAAACAUAGAUAAUGUCUUAAAGCACACUUCAAAAAUGAGACUAGUAAAUGAAAGAAAAAGCAUAUGAACAAACCUUUGUUAUUUUUCUGUUUGUGACUAACACAUUUAAUGGGGUUUACAGUGUGAGAAUGUAAACAAAUCCAUGAAAACAAAUCCUUUUUUUUUUUUAAGAAAGUGUUGAAAUUGUUGCAAACAGAAGAGAAUCUAACAUUUUGUGUGUUGAUGUAGUUUGUGGGACUGACUUCUGCGGGAUUUUUAGCAAUAUACUAAACCACUAAUAAUGUUUAUGUAGUAAUAUUUUAAGGGAAAAUGAAGGGGAUUUUUGUGCACUAACCUUUUUGAAUGUUUAAAAAUAACUAUGUGCCAUCCAAAUUUAUUAUUGAAUAUUUUUGAUUUUAUUUUUAUUACAGCAUAGAAGUUGCUCCAGGAUUUUUUUGGAGAAAUUGUUACCUUUUUUGAUGUCUUUGUACUGAAUGAUGCAAUAAAAGAGUCUGCCAGUG